AUGGACAGAUAUGCGCCCGAGUUGUCGAUGCUUCGUUUGAAGCGACGCCGUGACGAUGACCAGCAAUGCAAUCACUAUCGGCCAUUGAAGAAGAUCACCCAGACUACACCACCUCUUUCUAACUUCAUGCGACUUCCUGCAGAGCUUCGCAACCGAGUGUACAACUAUGCUGCUAGUGAAGCACCUUCUCAGCUCCUUGUACCGAUCGAGAGGUUCCAGCUACAACAGCAGUCCCAACGCGCUACUGGGAUAGCAAUGACACAAGUCUCUCGGCAGAUCCGAUCUGAGUACCGGCCCAUGUGGCUCAAACACGCAACGUUCGUCAUCGAUUGGCACUCCAUUCACGCGUUCUUACAGGCUUUCUAUCCAAAGGAGAGCGAUUAUGGCAAGGGUCCUAAGCAAUUGAUCCUGCAUUACGACCAGGAACACGACUAUACGUUCAGAAAGCCGACGGACAUCACACAUCUAGUACGCCUGGGCUUAGCAUUUGCCGGGUUGCAGAUACGCUUCAUCCAGGGCGAGGAAAGCGACGACCAGAGCGACGCUGGGAGAACUCUCACAGAACUGGUGCAGUUUGGUUGCAUCAAUCGUGGAGACCACCAGCAAGACAAUAACGUGGCCGCCGAAGCCAAGCGUACUUGGCGGCAAGCUAUACAAGAACGAACGAUUACCAAUAUCUUUGCUACCCAGAACGCUGCAGACAAUAUUCUAGUGUUCGAGUUCGUAUUCAGCACAAAAUUUGCUCUGAAAAUGAAGGCUGUCUCACCCCAAGAUAUCGGCAAGGAGAUCGGCAUUAUGAGCUGCGACCACCACAAAGUCCCUCCGAUGAAGCAGCCUAGUGCCGAUAUGAGUCGUCGAGAAGACUACUUCCGGUUUCUGCACCUGCCAGCAGAGUUGCGUAAUCGCGUAUAUGACCUCACCGCCAAGACUCAAGCCGACCUACCGCGCUGCGUACUCCCAUGUCUUGCACUUGCGCAGGCCUGCCAACAAAUUCGUAUCGAAUAUCGCCCCAUCUGCAUCAAGCGAGACAUCAUCAUCGAUUGGCAGAAGGUUCCCGGCUAUAUGCGCACGUUUUUCCCUACAGUCAAUGGCAAGAUCGAAAAUGUUGAACUCAUACCAUCGAACAUGACAAUAGUAACGCCUUGGCGUGGAGAGCAAGGUGGAAAUGGACUUGAGCUCGACAUACUUCCAAUGAUCAAAGUCGGGCUGCGGCAACCUGAUUUCACCUGUAACUUCAUCCACUAUGGUGAAAGCCUGGGAAAGAUGGGAGUUCUUCCUCACGAUUUCGAAGACUUUGUUUUCGGGGACCAUGCAGAUUGUCUCUGUGCAGAUACUGCGCUACUAAGAAUUGUUAUGAAUCAUCGCGGCGAAGAGUGGACAUCGGAUAUCGAAACCGGCAGGAUCACUAAAAUCUUAUUGUGUGAUAUUGGUGUAAUGGCAGAGCCACAAGCCUUGUUUUAUGUCAAAAUCGACGGGAUGAGUCUGGAGGAUGAGUCGGAUGAUGUGGAAGAACAAGACAGGAAUAUGGAGCAUGCUUACUUCAAGAGGAUAGGGCUUCUCGACAUCUAUCCGGGCGACUUCAUUGCUUUUCCUGGCUUGGAGCGCUACCACCAUCUCAAAACUUGUUUUACAGCUCCAAACACCCGGCCCUUCUACCUUCUUGCGCACUUCUUGAUAUCCUUUCUUACGCCAGUACACCCCAUUGAUACAUUCCGCGGCCAAGAUCCAGAGCGUCAACACACCUUCGCCCUGUUUCCCCUCUCUUUGAAGUGA